UUGCGUCCACAGAAGAAGAAGUUCUGGUCCAGACAUGUCAGAGCACUGACAGUAUUGCUAACUUCUCCGCAGUAGUUAGGGAGUUGUCAACAAGUGUCUGGGACCUUAUAGGAAGGACUUAAGAGCACGAAACCUCCCCGGGUGGUCUGGUGGCUGAGGUUGUCGAAUCAGCCAAAGUUAACCGAGCCCAGACCUCUGAUAUCUGUCAUCCGCUGGUUGGCUAGCAUUAGCUAGCAUUAACUGGCUAGCUGGGGAGCUGCCGAAAAGUAACGUCGGGUCUUGGUUCGUACAGUCAUGUCUUCGGCCGGAGACUUCGGAAACCCUCUAAGAAAAUUUAAAUUGGUCUUCCUCGGGGAACAGAGUGUUGGAAAGACUUCGCUGAUCACCAGGUUCAUGUACGACAGCUUUGACAACACUUACCAAGCCACGAUAGGAAUAGAUUUCCUGUCGAAAACAAUGUACCUUGAAGACCGAACAAUCAGGUUGCAGCUGUGGGACACGGCGGGGCAGGAGCGGUUUCGUAGCCUCAUCCCAAGCUACAUCAGAGACUCUGCUGCCGCGGUCGUAGUGUAUGACAUCACAAAUGUCAACUCCUUCCAGCAAACCACAAAAUGGAUUGAUGAUGUGAGAACCGAGAGAGGGAGUGAUGUCAUUAUCAUGUUGGUGGGAAACAAGACAGACCUGGCAGACAAAAGGCAAGUAUCUAUUGAAGAGGGUGAGCGGAAAGCCAAAGAACUAAAUGUUAUGUUUAUUGAGACUAGUGCGAAAGCGGGCUACAACGUAAAGCAGCUAUUCCGGCGUGUUGCAGCAGCUCUCCCUGGAAUGGAUACCACGCAGGACAAGAGUAGAGAGGACAUGAUCGAUAUAAAGCUGGAGAAACCACCAGAGCAACCAGCCAGCGAGGGUGGCUGCUCCUGCUAAUGGCAGCUCAUCUCAUUGCGUGAUGUUUCUCCUCGGGAUUUUUAUCAAACCCAGUUGGUUUUUCUGUAUCUGUAGCUUUUUGACUCCACCCAUUUCUGUUCCCCGGCCUGAAAAGAGCUCCAACACUAAAUCCCUUAUACUUGCCAUUGUUACUGCUCUGAAAGUCAUAAAUCACUCGCAGAGCAUAUUUUCACUGACACAAACAGCUGUAAAUACAUCUCAAACAAAAGUCACAGUCCUGUAGUUUGUGUCUGAAGAGGACUUUUUUUGAACCAAACAAAAAUGAGUUAGGACAUUGAAGGUUGGUUUUAAGGUUGUUUUUUGGGUGAGAAUAUUCUAUAAAAAGUCAAAUAUUGCUUUAAGCUUAAUACGCACAAUGUGGUUGAAGUGCGCAUUUGUCGGUUAACAUAAUUUUUGCUGUCGCAAUUGUCUGGCAAAGUUUAAGUCAUAAGUCCGUUCUUAGUUUGAACUCUAUGGACUAAUUUGUGCGAAAGGUUGCUAAGUUGCAUUGAGGUGAAUCAAUUGGGCCACGUAAACUAUACGCCUGUGAUGCUGCAGCAGGUUUUAAACUGAGUGGGCUUUGUGGUGCCGGUAACGGCUGAGUCAAGGUUCUCCCAGCAUGCACCUGCAAGAUGCGACACAUGAGCACACUGUCACAGCUCAGGGCAUUUGUCUCAGACCAACACACCACACACACACACACACACACACACACACACGCACUGCUAGAGCAGCACUGUCACUACGUCCUCAUUACCGUCCUUCCUCACGUCCCGCACUCAUCCCUGGCGAUGGGUUAUGUUUACCUUGGCUUCCGUUUUCUAUUACCGUUUCAAUUGAAUAGGUCUUUAAUUUCUUUUUUUAAACACUGCAGAUAUCAUAGAUUUAAAACUAUUUCUUUGAAGAUAGUGUCUGAGAACAAUGUUCUCGUAUAAAGUAAUAAUCAUAAAACCCACUGUAAACAUUAGAUAUGGAGAUAUGCCUUUUGGAGUUCAAUUGUAGAGGGCUUCCUUGGCUUGGGGUUUAUUUAGUUUGGUAUCUGAACACUAAAUACUUUUUCUUUUGCUGGUUGAUUUGUUGGUAUUGAUCUUUUGUUAGUGAUUAUUCCACAUGUGUAUUUAAUCCACAAUGAUUUGUGAUAUUUAUUUCAAUUUGAUUCAUAUUUCUUUUUUAUGGCUAUUAAUAUCUACACCUUUGAUGCAAGAACUGAAUUGAUAGUAGAGUACGCAUCCAUCUUUAGCAGAAGAGUGGCGCGCCUCUGCUGUUCCCUCAAACACCUCUAGAUGGCAAUUUGAUCUUUCUCAUAAUACGGUGCAAUUUUGUGCAAACUUAUAUGGAGGACAGUACGAUUUGUAUAGCAUAAUAGCCCCUAACGUUUCUGUCUGGAAUGGUUUUAAAUGAAAAAAUAAAAAUACACUUCUGCUUGUA